UCGUGGUUGAUGUGUGUAGCUGGUAGUGCGAAUAAAAACUGUAUUAUAAGUCUUGUGCUAUCGACGUCCAAACCAUGAAGACUGUAGACCAGAAGACACUGCUAACGAAUGGACUGAAAAAUUUGUGGGGCCAACAUUCCUUAAAAACACUGUGUGCCGAAAAUGUUGCGAAGCUGUCCACUGAGAAUCGACAGGCACUUCUCUGCUACAUAUCACACUUGCUUAUACAACCCAGCCUUACUGAGCAAGUGGCAAAAAAUUUCCCUCAAAUUGUGUUGCAGUUGCUUCACAUAGCUAAAGACUGGAACAAACUGCAGACACUUUUCAGAAAUAUUAGCCCAUCUCUUCAUAUUAUGAUAUACGAGAAUGAAAGUGAAAGACAUAAGAAAAUCUGUGUGGCUCUUGGAAAGCUAAUAAUGUUUCACCCGGAUGCACUAAGAUUCAGCUUGGAGUAUUUUGAAAAAUAUCCUGCACCAUUUACAUAUCUUUUUUCACAUUCGGAAGUUGCUUGGAACCGUGCUAUAUAUGUGGACGAACAAGUCUCAGAUUACGAUAUUAUUGCAUCGUGCUACAGCUUUCUGUCCACCUCCUGUGAUCAUUUUCGGCAGUGUUGGAAUUGGGCUGCAUUUACUGAGUUAUUGAGAAGAUACAAGCAUAACAGAAAACUGAUGUGGGUCGGUCUUAAUUGUUUAGCAACUGUGACCGGUAUGUCAGACUCGGAGCGGCGGUACUUGUUGCACGGACAAAAUGCUACUGAAAAUUAUCUUAUCGAGUUUGACGAAUACACGGAAAAACUCAGUAAUAUCAAAGUCGUGUCAUCAGACAUUCUCGAAGCACCUUCAUCCGACUCGUGUUCUAUGCUGGGAUCUGUUAUUACAGUUGCUGGCUUUCAGUUUCCAGUAGUUGAUCCAACUAAGCAGAGAGAUGAGCCCCUCCAGCGUGGCGUACAAACUACGGAGCAAAACCUGCGUAGCCUCGCCUUGGCACUGGUCUCAGGUCGUGCUAUCUGCCUCCAGGGACCAGUUGGUUCUGGCAAGACAGCUUUAGUUGAACACUUCGCUAAUCUUACAGGGCGUGGUGGCCUCCCACACCUGACUAAAAUCCAGCUUGGUGACCAGACAGACAGUAAAAUGCUGCUUGGUUCAUAUCGCUGCACUGACAUCCCUGGGGAAUUUGUUUGGCAGUCUGGAGUCCUUACAGAGGCUGUUGAAAAAGGCUAUUGGUUAUUGCUGGAAGACAUUGAUUCAGCACCAAGUGAUUUAGCUUCUGUUUUGGCAUCUCUUCUUGAAACUAGACAUCUUUUUGUGCCAGGAUAUCGCGAUUCAAUACCAGUAGCUCGUGGGUUUCAACUGUUCUUGACUCGUAGAUUUACAAAGAGUGGAAGUGAAAAGAUAAGUGUGUCAUCAUCACUGUUGGAGUCUCAUUGGAUCACAGUGGAUAUCAAACCUCUUAAAAAGGCAGAACUUCUGCAAGUUGUCAAGGGGGUGUUCCCUGUUCUGGAGCACAGUGCUGAAAAUCUAAUCAACACCUUCUCAGUAUUUUCACAAGGAAGGCAUGAGGAGAAUCCUGAACAAAUGGUUAAGAAUCCCAUAAAGAAACGUAUUCUUGAAGAGCUGAAGCAGAAGCUGGGAAGUGGAAGACUCACUUCCACAAGGGAUCUUUUGAAAUGGGCUGUGCGCUGCAGCGAAGUUUACAAACAUAGUCCAAAGGGAAAUAAAGAUGCUGCAUUGAACGUCUAUGCCGACGCUGUGGACAUCUUCUGUCUUUCCGAGAACAAGAAAGAUGUGCGUAUUGCUGGUGCUAAAGCCGUGGGGAGUUUCUUGAGUGUGCUUGUGGAUGCAGAUAAUUAUCUUAAUGUGCAUAAGCCCACAAUUUCUGAAACAGAUCGUCAGAUUACAGUUGGACGAGCCACACUGCUGAAGAAGAAAACUGAUGAGAUAGCAAUUCAAUGUGCUCAGCGAAUUGCCCUUGUCCCACCUGUGGUUCGACUUCUAGAAGGAGUAGCCCGUGCAAUACAGUUUUGUGAGCCAGUGUUGCUUGUUGGUGAAACAGGCACAGGAAAAACUUUCCUCAUUCAGCACCUAGCACAAAGAACUGGAAAUCCACUACUGGUCAUCAAUAUGAACCAGCAGAGUGAAACAACAGAUCUGCUCGGAGGUUAUAAACCAAUGGAUCUGAAGUUUAUAGUGAGACCUGUGAGAGAAAAAUUUGAGAGACUUGUGCGUAAUCUUGCAUGGGAAGAUGGCCUUAAAUUUUUAGUGAAGCUGGCAAGAGAGUAUCAUAGCCGAAACUGGAAAAUGGUACUCCUUAUGAUGAAGCGUAAAACGUCUUCUGUCUUGAAGAAGUUACGUAAGAAGUCUAACCCCAGUGAAGAAAUUACCACUAUGAUUUCAAACUGGAAACAGUUAAGUGGUGAUUUGUCACGGCUAGAGAAGCAGAUUUCCUCUAAUGCUAUGGCCUUCACUUUUAUCGAGGGAAGUCUUGUCAGAGCUGUCCGUGAAGGAAAAUGGGUGCUCCUUGAUGAAAUCAACUUGGCACCACCAGAAACGUUGGAAUGCUUGUCAGGGCUAUUGGAAGAUGGAGCUGUGGGUAGCCUCCGCUUAUUGGAACGAGGUGAUGAGCAACCUGUUCCAAGGCACAAGGACUUUCGUCUCUUUGCUUGUAUGAAUCCUGCUACAGAUGUCGGCAAGAAGGAACUGCCUGCUGGCUUACGUAACAGAAUUGUCUUCCAGCAGAAAGUGGACUGUGACCUGUGGCUCUCUUAUUUCUUCAUAAUGUAUGAUGAUCACAUCUGA